AACACUUAUGGUUUAGAAACUUGUGUUUCAAAUUCAUUCCCUUUGCUCCCACCAAUGAGUAGCAGGGACAUUCACGUGCAAACUUCACGCAGGAAAUCUGUUUCCAACCUGGCACGUGAAUUUGUACCGUGAACGAGACGUGACCAACUGAUUGAACACUCAUGUCGAGUUGUUUACUUUAACACUAAUGUUGCAUUGAAUCGCUGGCGGUGCAACACUGAUUGAUUAUUUGGAAAAAGAAUGCAAGUGACCUAAUUUUAUAAUUUGUAGUGAUCAUGCAACAUCUUUACUCUCACUUUUUUAACACUAUUAAUGCUGACUAAUAGCUUAACCUUGCCUGAUUUACAACCGACUAAUCGUAUUUUUUCUUUUUACUGUAGCAGCACCAGGCGGCCUGCCAGCUCACAGGCAUCAGAUUCACAAUUAUGCCUGGCACAACAACAGGCAAGAAGCUGGAUCUUUCCAAGCUCACAGAUGAGGAGGCCAAGCAUGUUUGGGCAGUCGUCCAACGAGAUUUUGACCUGAGGAAGAAGGAGGAAGACAGACUUGGGGAGCUAAAGACCAAGAUUGAAAAAGAAGACACCAAAAGAGAGCUGUUGGGCAACCAGACCAGCCUGGCGGAGUCGCACUGUAUUCGAUGUCUUGAGCCCUUCAAGUUCCUGGUCAACAGCAAGCGUCAGUGUCUGGACUGCCAGCUCUACAUCUGCAAGUCCUGCAGCCGCUACAACAAGAAGGAGCAUGGCUGGGUGUGUGAUCCCUGUCGCAUGGCCAGGGUGCUCAAGAUCGGUACAUUGGAGUGGUACCAUGAAAACGUCCGUGCCCGCUUCAAACGCUUCGGCAGCGCCAAGGUGAUGCGAUCGCUCUUCAAGAGGUUGAGCGGAGAAAGCAGUUGCUCUCAGAAUGACCUUGAAGCAGAUGGAUAUGAGGAGCACAGUAUGGACGGCACGGAUUCACAACACUACAAAGGGAUGAAAAAGGCCAAAAGGCGGCUAACCGUCGAUCCCAUUGAUUUCGAACUGGGCUGCGACUACUCUAUCGAAUCAAGAGGACGGUCAAUUCAGACCCCGGUGUCCCAGGACAUCAUGGACAUGGACGUGGGUGUGAGGGAGUCGAUGCUUGCUGAGGCUGACAUGGCCUCGGUUUUCCAGCAGAUUCUGGAGGAGCAACGCGAAGGUCUGGAGCUGGGAAUGGCGCCACAGCAAGAUGACCUUGCGUACCCAGACAGCCGAACUAUUCCAUCUCGCUCCAUCUCCCGGCUCAGCUACUCCUCAUGUGGCAGCGGUAGCGCCUGGGGCCCCCGGAGCAGCAGCAGCUAUCUGCCCGGCCCUGACGACUCGGAGGGGGAGGAUGACCACGGCCAGCCCUACCCUCUCUACCAGUCUCAUCUGCGCCCCUGCAGCCACACCUCCCAGGAGAGCCUUAACUCAGCGACCCCUGCGCCACAGAUCACUGACCUGAACAGACGCAUGUCAGCCAUUGAGACCCUCUUGAACCACUUAGAGCAGAAGGUCACCUCAACAUACGACCAGGCUCCUCCGACUCCAAACAGCACCUCUCCUCUUCCUCAGUGGGAGGAGGUGGACCUAGAGGAGCAGCAACUGAGACAGAAGCUGCACGAGAUGACGGAUAACAUCAGUGACCACAGCCUGAGCUCGGAUGAAGACGAGCCCAGCAGGCCACACUCCUCCCAAGAGAUCCCGGCAUGGAGAAGCCCAGAGGUGGAGGUCAAGCCCUCUAGACUACCUACCAGACCCACAUCCAGAACAAGCAUCAUAAUCUCCAGACUUGAGGAGGAGCAGCCUCAGCAGACAUAUCUUUCAACAGAGAGCCUGGAGAGAUCAAAGGAAAGCUUCAAAGGCUCAACGGCCUUACUGGUGGAGCUGGAGGACAAGGUAGCACAAGCAGCUGCCAACGUCCAGAACGCCCAGAGUGAGGUCUCUUACAUAGAGAACAGGAUCGCUGCCCUGAACGCUGCCGGCAUGCCAGUGGAUAAAAGAAGAAGGUCUGCAAUCCCGAUCCAAGCAAGAAGACUUUCCCACAACUUUCCCACAAGCCAGGUGGACAAGUUUGUGAGGAACUCCCUCUACAGGGGCUCCCUGACACAGAGGAACCCAGUGGCCAAGCCCAAGACCAGGGCUACCUUUGCGAAACCAGUAAUGACACAGGACUCAUGAGGAGGAGGCUGAGCAUUGUGUGACUGACGGAUUGUGACCACGUUUGUUACACUUUGUAAUAAAUUGAAAUUUAGCGGGAAUGAAAGAGAGAUUUCUAUUUUAAUAGAGACUGUCAGCUGGGAUGGAAGAGCUUACAUUUACAUUUAAAGAUGUGUCCUUGUGAUAUUAUUGUGUUAAUUUACUGGGCUAGAUCCAUAUUAUAUUUAUAUGUAGUGUAUGUUGCACAUGACAUGGAAUAACUUUGGUAGAGCUGCAUUUCAUGAUAUACUUAUGGUUUGCACACAGUAGCAUUCAAGUUAACAGUGUCAUCUGAAAUCUGUUAUUUAUUCCACUGUUUCCACCAAAGAAAUGAAAACAUGAAACGAUGUUUAAAAAAUGUUCUAAAUUGUGUUAUUUUAAGUACAAAUAAGUUACAGAUUUUUCAUUUUUUAUCUUCAUGAACAAUUGCUAAGCUAUUAUAACUAGAGGAAAGUUGAAUUGAUUGUAAGAUUUUCAUUAUAUCAUAGAAAACUCUAAUAUGGUUAGUUAAAUAUAUUGUGAUGUAUAUGAAUCAAAUAAAUACAUUUAUGCACAUUCACUGUGUAUUAUAGCACAAUAUUGUGUAACUUUUUAAAAAUUUCUACUUCUACUGCAAAUAUUUAUGCCAACAAGAGCUUUAAUGGAAAUGGGCCUGUGUGAGGUACUUCGUCAGUGUAUUACCUACAGUAGAUAGAGGUCAGAUCGCCCCCAGUUUGGAGAAACAGACAGUAGUCCCGGCAGAGAAUCACAGAAAUGCACUCCUGUGGAUGGGUGCUGCAUAAAAACGUGUUUUAGCCACAUUAAAAAGGCCCACGUCUAGCUUCAGUUUAGGCUAUAUUAAGAAUAUUUUCACAGAUUUACUUUGCUGUAGAGUUUUUAAUUAAGCCCAACUCUGUGGUAAAGCAGUGAAAAUAUUCUUAAUGUAGUCUACACAUUUUAUGUUUUUCAGCAACUCCCAGCCACAGCUUUGCGUAACUCUGCUUCUGUGCCAGGAUUCCUAUGUGCUUCCCCAAACUGGGGGCGCACUGACCGCCACCUACUGUUAUAGUAAUACAUUGACUUUGUAUAAGUACCUCACAGAACCCCACUUCUAUUACUACUAUUUAUAAGGUGGUACAAGUACAGUUUGUAUUAGAAAAUACGCCUAAAAUUGGGAUUUGGAGCUCCUUGGUAGCUGAAUGGUUACCUCGCAUGCUACAUAACACGCCUUCUCUCCCCAUGUUUCCUGUCUGCCUAUUAGCUGUCAAACUGUCAAAUAAAGACAAAAAUGCCCCAAAAAAUAUCUUUAAAAAAACGGGACUUCAUUUUUUAAACUGACUGAAUCGCACAUUUAAUGUAGCAUUUUUUAUAUUUGUCUGAUGUUUGAUUUAAAUAUGUUUUGAUGAUUUUCAUAAACUGCAUCCACAUACAGACAGGUGAAAGUUAAAGAAAGCAGAAACACAAAUACUUCCAUUUUGAGCUCACUGAAUGGUUUAAUAAGAAUGACAGUGAUAUAAAUCAGAUCCUGUGACCUUUUGAGUUGCAGAUUUUCCUUAAAUUAGUCACUCAUCUUUAGCUUUUUUAAAUUGUAUUCUGUUAUUUCUGUGUUUGAGAUCACAGUUUGUACUACUGAGAGAAAUGAAUCACCCGAGUGGCAUCGUUGAGUGUUUCUAAUUAUUAUCUCUUAUUAAAUU